AUGCUUUGUUUCACCGAUCUGCCUCCAGAAAUCCAUCAUCGGAUAAUCUGCCACCUGGAGUCGAACCGCGAUGUGGCCGCUCUCUCUUCACAAUGCAAAGCUCUACGUUCUCUCUGCGACAUGUCCAAUCGGAAGAAAUACCGUCGUGUGCGCAUCACCCCGAGUAUUGCUGAUCUUGAUCGCGCGUUCAAGAUGCUCAUGGACAUUUUGAGAAAGCCCAGUUUGGGUCGCUAUGUGCGCCAUAUUGAAUAUAGGCAGACUGUUUCGCGGUAUCGCCUUUAUGAUGUGAAGCCUUAUGAGCCGAAACUAAGUGAGGCGGAUAUGCGGCUGCUGCGAAAUGCCACGCAGAGGGCAGGAUUUACGGGACCUCUAGGAGAGCGUGUACUGAAUAUGUUGCUGCGGGAAUCGGUGGUGGGGGUUCCUCUUUACGGCACGUUUAGUGACACCCGUGCACCCGCGACCUACGUCACGCAAGCGUUGACGGCCCUACUCGUCUCGGUGUCACCCAACCUCGAGUCAAUGGCGAUGAUGCCGACUUUUUACACCGACUUUAACGAGGAAACGGAAGAUUCUUUUAUGCACUCCGAGUGCGCCCUGGACCUGCUACUCAAGGAGACAAAUGAAAACCCUGUUGACAAGCCGUACCUGCAGAAUCUUCGCAGAGUGUACAUGAUCAACCUGGGGGACGACUCUUUUGACGACGGGCGGGUGUAUGUGGCCAUGGACUUCAUCGGAUGCUUAGCCAUUCUCCGCAAUCUUCCGUCCCUUGAAUGGAUCGGUACUGAUGCUCUGACGGAGGAUGACAACGUGAUGCCGGCACUCGGACCCAAAUCUUCCAAUGUGUCUCGCAUUGCGAUCCAUCACUCAGCUGUAGCUACAAGCUAUCUGACGCCUGUCAUCCGGUCGUGCAGAGCCUUAAAGGAAUUCGAGUAUUCAAUCGGUGGCAGGGGUUCGGUCAAUGGUACACACCCGACCUUCAACCCGAAAACGUUUGUUCUGUGCGUCCUGGAGCACAAAACCACGCUAGAAAAAUUAGAUGUCGACGUCGAAGCACAUAUAUGUAGCACCGUCUAUCGUGGUCCAGGGGACUUUGAAUUCGACGAGGAAGAUGGCCGAGCCGAGGCACAAGCCUACUGGAUUGAAUCACCCCCAAACUCAUUCUGGGACCAGCGGGGGUGUCUCAAAGACUUUGAGGCCCUGAAAAGCCUCAGUAUUGGGGUAAAUUUUCUGUUGUACUUUGCCUCGGGAGUGAACAACGAGAAUGACGACAAGAUCGUGUCUUUGGUGGAGUAUCUGCCGCCAAAUCUGGAGUACCUGUGCAUCCGGGGAUACGAGAAGGGCAAAAGGAAGCGUAAUGACGAUCAGAUGGAUGCCCUCAAGGCGCUGUUGGAGUCAGGUUCAACUUCGCUGAAGGAGCUACAUGGUGUCGACGAAUGUAUUCCCGACGCAAAGGACAUCGACUUCCCAGAUAGAUAUCCGGACCUGUUGUGGAAGCUCUCCGAUGAAUGGUCGGACGAGGAGGAAUAG